AAAUUCCUGGGCUCAAGCCAUCCUCCCACCUCAGCCUCCAGAGUGGCUGGGACUACAGGCACAUGCCACUAUGCCCAGCUGAUUAAAAAAAAAUUUGUUUUGUAGAGACAGGGUCUAGCUCUGUUGCCAGGGCUGAUCAUAAGUUUUGACUUACAUUUUCUUGUUGCCUGAUUCUGGUUAGUCCCUGAUCCACUCAGCACUAAUUAGCAAGGAUGAUUCCUGUUUUUGGUCUGAGUUCCCCUGACAGAGAGGAAGCAGCAGCCAUGUGCAUGUUUAUAUUUGGAAGUUGGGGAGACAGACUGUGUGAAAGGAAGUCUCUGGGACAGCUCCCACCCCAUUAAAACAUGUACUGCAUCCCUUCUAAGUGCAAUUACAUACAUGCCUUUCUGCCUAUCUGCCCUUCCAGUCUAUGCUUUCCUUUUUCAUUGCUGUUUCCUUAUUUUUCUUCUUUGACUCCUCUUUUGCAUAUAUUUUUGGAGGUUUCUUAAAUUUUUUUAAAGAGUUCCUGGUAAGAAUGAGUGAUGAGAAAGAUUAAAGAAGGAAAAUUAAGAGGAUAAACUAGCUGGGUGCUGUGGCUCAUGCCUGUAAUCCCAACACUUUGGGAGGCUGAGGUGGGUGGAUCACCUAUGUCAGGGGUUUGAGACAAGCCUGGCCAACAUUGUGAAACCCCGUCUCUACUAAAAAUACAAAAAAUUAGCCAGGUGUGGUGGUGUGUGCCUGUAGUCCCAGCAACUUGGGAGGCUGAGGCAGGAGAAUUGCUUGAACCCGGGAGAUGGAGGUUGCAAUGAGCUGAGGUGGUGCCACUGCACUCCAGCCUGGGCAAAAAAGCGAGACUCCAUCUCAAAAAAAAAAAAACAAAACAAAAGGAAAACCUAAAUGUAUGACUUCGGCAUAUUUUUUUCUGGGUUAAUUUUCCCCACUUAAGGGGGUGGUAAGCUACAUGAAGGCAAAAACUAUUUCUGUAUUUUACCUGUUGUAUUUGUAUUCACACCUUCUGCCUCCAUUGUAUGUUAAAUAUGUAAUUAGAAUUAAAAUUGAGUCAGGCUGUGCUAACAGUUUGAUGGGUGAUUUUGCAGCAAUAGUUUUAACUCUGGACAACAGUUUCUUCAAAAAUGAAUAUAAUAUCUCAGUCUGUAAACUUUAUAAAAUGUAUCAACAAAUAAAACCAUUGUAUUAGCUUGGGCUGCCAUAAUAUAAUACUAGAUUGGGUGGCUUACACAACAGAGGUUUAUUUUUUCAAAGUUAUGUAGGUUGGGAGGUCCAAAAGAGGGUGCCAGCGUGGUCAGUUUUGGGUGAGGGCUCUCUCCCUGGCUUGCAGAUGUCUGUCUGCUUGCUGUGUUUUCAAACGGAGAGAAAUCUCUGGUGCCACUUUCUAUAAAGACAUUAAUCUUAUGGGAUUAAAGCCCCACCCUUAUGACCUAAUUUAAUUUUUAUUACCUCCCUAAAGGCCUAGCUCCAACUAGAGAUGGUCCCUGACUUAAGAUUUUUUUGACUUUAUGAUGGUCCAAAAGCCAUAUGCACUCUAGAAUCUGUACUUUGAGUACCCAUAAAACCAUCCAGUUUUUCAUUCAGUAUUUAGAUUACAUGAAAUACUCAAUACUUUAUUAAAAAAUAAGCUUUGUAUUAGAUGAUUUUGCCUAACUGAAGGCUAAAUGUAAGUAUUCUGAGCACGUUUUAGGUAGGCUACGCUAAGCUAUGAUGUUCAGUAGGUUAGAAGCAUUAAAUGCAUUUUUGACUUACGAUCUUUUCAACUUAAGGUAUUUUCAAUUUAUGGUGGGUUUAUUGGAACAUAACCCCUUUGUAAGUUAAGGAACAUUUAUAUAGACACAUUAGGAGUGAGGGCUUCAGUAUGAAUUUUUGGGGGGGACGCAAUUCAGUCCAUACCAGUCAUGAUAAAAUAUGCAAAGUUAUUUAAACCCUUAGAAUAAACUCAAAAUUCACCGCCAUUAUUCACUUUGGAUGCUAAUAACACAAUGUAGACACAGAGUAGCUGUUGCCCAGUUUCAUGGUCUACUUGUCCCAGCCAACCUGAGGAUAGUACAGCAUAAAUAGGUAAAUUUGUGCUUGACCUUGUGAUCCUACAUAUGGCAGGCUGUCUUAGUCCCUUUAGUGUUGCUAGAAAGGAAUACCCAAAGCUGGAUAAUUUAUAAAUAGAAAAGGUUUUAUUCGGCUUAUGGUUCUGAUGUCUGGAAAAGUUCAAGACUGAGCAUCUGCAUCUGAUGGGAGCCUAAGACUGCUUCUACUCAUGCCAGAAGGCAAAGGAGAGCUGGUGUGUGCAGAGAUUACAUGGCCAGACAGGACGCAAAAGAAGAAAGGAAGUGCGACGGUUCUUUGUAACCAGCUCUGGUGGAAAUAAAGAGAACUCAUUUACCCCCUCCCCAGGGAGGACAUUAAUCUAUUCAGGAAGGAACCACCUCCAUGACUCAACACUGCCCAUUAGUUCCUACCUCCAACAUUGGGGAUCAAAUUUCAACAGGAGGUUUAGGGGAACAAACAUCUAAAUUACAGCACAGGCCAACCACAUGCAUGCAUUACCAAUCAAGUAAAUAAUUUUGAAGUUAAAUGCAGAAAACUGCAAAUUUUUGAGGCUGAUAUCCAGGGCCAGGAUUAAAAUAAAAUGUAUUAAUGCCUUAAACAGUAUUUACUGACCAUCUACCCUACUGCAAGGCCCUAGGGAGAAACUGAACAGACAUGGUUCCUGAUUCAACGGAGUUUACAAUCUAGGUAGGGAUACAGGCAAACCAUUUCAAUAGCUCGGAUGGAGAAAAUACCUGUGCUCCAAGGAAGGUACCUAACUCAGCAAGCUUCCCUGAGGAGCGACCCUAAACUGUGCCACAAAGAUGGUUAAGAAGAGAUGAGGCGGCUGGGCGUGGUGGCUCACGUCUGUAAUCCCAGCACUUUGGGAGGCCGAGGCUGGCGGAUCACGAGGUCAAGAGAUCGAGACCAUCCUGGCCAACAUGGUGAAACCCCGUCUCUACUAAAAAUACAAAAAAAUUAGCUGGGCGUGGUGGUACAUGCCUGUAAUCCCAGCUACUCGGGAGGCUGAGGCAGGAGAAUCGCUUGAACCCGGAGGCGGAGGUUGCAGUGAACCGAGAUAUCGCGCCACUGCACUCCACCCUGGCGACAGAGCGAAACUCGUCUCAAAAAAAAAAAAAAAGAGGCAGGUUACGGCGCGGGGGCGGGGGGGCGGGGAAGGGGGCCUGCAACACCGGCGAGGGGAAGAACCAACUUACUGAUGCCUCAGCCAGUGGCUGCAGCCCUAAGAAUGGGCAGACCUGGCUCCGAAGGUCCUCUUCAUAACACUACUGCCGCCAAGAAUGUAAGCUGCCAAAGCACGAGGACACUUUUAGAGGGCCCUCAGACUCAGCUUCUUUUGGUCUGUGCCUCAAAUUAAGCACAUGUCUUACAUUUCUCCCACGUCCCAAUUUUCAGGUCUGCUUUUCUUUGUUUUUCUUUGUCGCUCCCCGCUCCUAAGAACCUUCGGCUGGGAAGACAUUCUUCAGGUGCAGAAACCAGGGGGAAGCUCCCAGAGCAGUGGGGGCUGAACUCAGGACACAGUCAUUUUUGCUGUUGAGUCUCUCCUGCGGCGCUGAGGAGGAAGGCUCAAAGUAACCAGACAGAGCAGCCGCAGAGGGAAAAGCGAAGACAGUUCUAGUCGGGCCCAGCGCUUCUCACCGUCUAGCUCUCUACUCUCCGCCGCGCAGCCUGCGCAGCCUCUGCUCCCUCCACUUCACGCACGGCGCUUGAUUGACAAGUGGGCCCGCCCAAUCCCAGUGCGGCAGAGACCGCUGUCGCGUCAGGGACCGGGGAAGGGGGCGACUGAACCUAUCAGAUUGGGUCGAGAGUGGGUUUCCUGCCCGCGCGGAUCCGCUUGCCCACCGCGCGUGCCCCGCCUCUCUCCCGAGAGCUACGCGGCGGCGGCGGAGCGCAGGCCUCGUGCAGUUACUGCCAUCACGGCGGCCGCGGUGGCGUCCUGGAGCCCUUCUCAGUGCUGAAGCUGCUGAAAGAUGGCAGAAGAAGUGGUGGUAGUAGCCAAAUUUGAUUAUGUAGCCCAACAAGAACAAGAGUUGGACAUCAAGAAGAAUGAGAGAUUAUGGCUUCUGGAUGAUUCUAAGUCCUGGUGGCGAGUUCGAAAUUCCAUGAAUAAAACAGGUUUUGUGCCUUCUAACUAUGUGGAAAGGAAAAACAGUGCUCGGAAAGCGUCUAUUGUAAAAAACCUAAAGGAUACCUUAGGCAUUGGAAAAGUGAAAAGAAAACCUAGUGUGCCAGAUUCUGCAUCUCCUGCUGAUGAUAGUUUUGUUGACCCAGGGGAACGUCUCUAUGACCUCAACAUGCCCGCUUAUGUGAAAUUUAACUACAUGGCUGAGAGAGAGGAUGAAUUAUCAUUGAUAAAGGGGACAAAGGUGAUCGUCAUGGAGAAAUGCAGUGAUGGGUGGUGGCGUGGUAGCUACAAUGGACAAGUUGGAUGGUUCCCUUCAAACUAUGUAACUGAAGAAGGUGACAGUCCUUUGGGCGACCAUGUGGGUUCUCUGUCAGAGAAAUUAGCAGCAGUCGUCAAUAACCUAAAUACUGGGCAAGUGUUGCAUGUGGUACAGGCUCUUUACCCAUUCAGCUCAUCUAAUGAUGAAGAACUUAAUUUCGAGAAAGGAGAUAUAAUGGAUGUUAUUGAAAAACCUGAAAAUGACCCAGAGUGGUGGAAAUGCAGGAAGAUCAAUGGUAUGGUUGGUCUAGUACCAAAAAACUAUGUUACUGUUAUGCAGAAUAAUCCAUUAACCUCAGGUUUGGAACCAUCACCUCCACAGUGUGAUUACAUUAGGCCUUCACUCACUGGAAAGUUUGCUGGCAAUCCUUGGUAUUAUGGCAAAGUCACCAGGCAUCAAGCAGAAAUGGCAUUAAAUGAAAGAGGACAUGAAGGGGAUUUCCUCAUUCGUGAUAGUGAAUCUUCGCCAAAUGAUUUCUCAGUAUCACUAAAAGCACAAGGGAAAAACAAGCAUUUUAAAGUCCAACUAAAAGAGACUGUCUACUGCAUUGGGCAGCGUAAAUUCAGCACCAUGGAAGAACUUGUAGAACAUUACAAAAAGGCACCCAUUUUUACAAGUGAACAAGGAGAAAAAUUAUAUCUUGUCAAGCAUUUAUCAUGAUACUGCUGACCAGAAGCGACUGCUGUGUAGCUGUAAUUUGUCAUGUAAUUGAAGACUGAGAAAAUGUUGGGUCCAGUCGUGCUUGAUUGGAAAUUGUUGUUUCUAAAUCUAUGAGAAUUGACAAUAAGUAUUUUUAUUAUAACUCAGCCCAUACAUAUAUACUGUAUAUGCAGUGCAUCUGCAUAGAACAGUUCCUUAUCCUUGGCCUUCUGUUUUAUUGUUUUUUUCUUUGCUGUUUUCCCUUUGCUUCUAAUAUUACAGUUUUGUAUUUUGUAAACAAAAAUCAAAUAAUGCAUAUCAGAAUCUUUAUAUGGAAGAAAUCCUUUAUUGCCUUUCCUUUGUUUCCUUGUAAAGGCACCCUGUUCUGUUAUGGUUUUUCAUUAUAUAAAAUUAUUAUAUCUAUAUAUGACAUAUGCUAAAAUAAAUUUCUUGGAGAGUGUUAAUCUUUUCUGUGACUAAAUAGCAAUAAUAAAUGGAAAAUUAGAAAUUAUUUCCAGGUAUUAUAUUUGUCACAGGCCAUUGUAAAUACCAAGUAUAUUGUGUCUGCCAUAAUUUUAAAAAAUGCAUUCAUUGUCUUCAGUCGUACAGCAAGACACAUGAGACAUAGAUUAGAAAACAUGUUGUACAAUUUUAAUUUACAACUGUUGGAAAUAAAAAUCACUUAGUUUUUUUUUCCA